AUCACAGCGCCACGCCCUCGGGGCUCAAGGUCAGAGAGGCUCUGGGUUUCCAGGACCCGAGAGUCAAAGAUAUUCAGUGAGAGAGCGCGAGACUGGAGGACGCAAGGAAUAGGUCUGCGCCACCUUGCCCAUAACGCGUUGCUUUCAGUCACGUUCCGCGAACUGGCGAAAUUAUAAUGUUAUGAUCACUAUUUUUAACGGAAGAUGAUUGAAAGUGAAAACCUAAACCAAGAAGAAAUAAUUAAAGAGCUGUGUUUGUGCAAUGGCUUAUCUUAUGAGAUGGUUGGACAAGAAGGAUCAGAUACAUCAAAGUUGGAGAUGUUUUUCUUAGGGUAUCCUCGUAUAGUCGGAUUAUCAUUAUUUCCUAAUUUAACUAGUCUUACCAUUGUUGCUCAAGAUAUAAAAGAAAUUGCAGGGUUAGAGCCUUGUUUACAACUUAAAGAACUUUGGAUUGCUGAGUGCUGCAUAGAGAAAAUUGAAGGUCUUCAGGAAUGUAGAAAUUUGGAAAAACUAUAUUUAUAUUUUAAUAAAAUUUCCAAAAUAGAAAAUUUAGAGAAAUUAAUCAAAUUGAAGGUUCUUUGGCUGAACCACAAUUCAAUUAAAAUAAUUGAGGGUUUGCAAACUUUGAAGAAUUUAAAAGAUCUCAACCUUGCUGGAAAUCUAAUAAAUAGCAUUGGUCGAUGUCUUGACUCCAAUGAACAACUGGAAAGAUUAAACCUUUCUGGUAACCAAGUAUGUUCUUUCAAGGAGCUCACGAACUUAACCAGGCUGCCUUGCUUAAAGGAUUUAUGUCUGAAUGAUCCUCAAUAUAAAACCAAUCCAGUUUGUCUUCUGUGUAAUUAUUCCACACAUGUAUUAUAUCAUUUGCCUUGCCUUCAAAGAUUUGACACAUUGGAUGUGUCAGCAAAGCAAAUCAAGGAACUGGCAGAUACCACAGCAAUGAAAAAAAUGAUGUAUUACAAUAUGCGUAUAAAAACUCUUCAGAGGCAUCUUAAUGAAGACCUUGAAAAACUGAAUGAUCGAAAAUGCAAAUUACAAAAGUUGCCAGAAGAACGAAUAAAAUUAUUCAGCUUUGUGAAGAAAACCUUGGAACGAGAACUGGCUGAACUCAAGGGCUCAGGCAAAGGGCACAGUGAUGGAUCCAAUAACAGUAAAGUAACUGAUCCUGAAACAUUGAAGAGUUGUGAAACUGUCACUGAAGAACCAAGUCUUCAACAGAAGAUAUUGACCAAACUAAGUGCCUUGAAUGAAAGGGUAACAUUCUGGAACAAAAAACUAGAUGAAAUUGAAGCAAUUUAUCAUAUUGAAGUAAAACAAAAGAAGAAAAGUCAUGGUUUAUUGAUCCCACUUUUGUUAACUGAGUUAGAGACUGUGGGAAAUUUCCAUUUUGAAGAAGGCACUCGAUCUGAUGACUGGUUUAAUUUCUGCUAUGAAUUAAUUCUGUCACGUUUUUGUGCCUGGGACUUCAGAACAUAUGGUAUUACAGGAGUAAAAGUAAAACGCAUCAUUAAAGUUAACAACCGUAUUCUGAGAUUAAAAUUCGAACAGAAAUUUCAAAAGUUUUUGGAGAAUGAAGAUAUGCAUGAUUCAGAGAGCUACCGAAGGAUGCUGGAAUGCCUUUUUUAUGUUUUUGAUCCUGAAGUUACAGUGAAGAAAAAGCAUCUUCUACAAAUACUUGAAAAAGGAUUCAAAGAGAGUGAAACAAGCAAGUUGCCUCUCAAAAAAGAAGCCGUCAUUCUUUCUAACAGUUUAAGUAUAAGUGAGUGUCCCAGAAUUGAAUUUUUACAGCAAAAGCACAAAGAUGAGAAGAAAAACUAUCUUAAGCAUGAGCUCUUCAGACAUGGCAUCCUCCUCAUUACAAAAGUUUUCCUUGGCCAGAGUGCUCAGGCCCAUGAAAAAGAAUCCAUCAGUCAAUCCAACUACCCAAUGGUUAAUUCAGUGUUCAUUCCUCGGAAAUAUUUACUAAAUUCUGUCAUGGGACAAAGAAACUGUGAUUGCAGUGUUCGGCAGUGCAAGUGGUUUGUCUUUGAUCAUGACCUUGUUUUGCCAGAAUACGUUGUUGAAUUUGAGUAUAUUACAAUGGUCAAGUCACCCUCUUUAUUUUCUGUAUUCAACAAUGUUAUUCUAGAAGAAAGCAAAAAAACCCCAGAAGGAUCAGUAUUUUCCAAGGAUUUGAAAUUUGAUGAUGAAGUUAUAAAAAUGGAGCCCAGAAUCAAGGCCCGACCAAAACUGAUUAGUUUGGAUGAUAAAACAAUACUUUCCCUUGCAAAAACUAGCGUUUACAGUCAUAUUGUGAGUCUGAAUCUACAUGGAAACAGCUUGAGUAAAUUGAGAGAUCUCUCCAAGUUAACAGGACUUCGAAAACUAAAUAUUAGCUUUAAUGAAUUUACCUGUUUAGAUGAUGUAUACCACUUG